UCCUGUGGAUGAACAAACACGACUGAGCGCGAGAGGAUGAGAUCACGGGCGUCGCAGAACAACAUCUUCGCACGGAAGGUUUUCCAACGCUAACGAUUAUAGUACGUAAUACGUUUACAAAGCCGUUUUCUCGAAAUAGUGCUCACUUUAGGCGCCGAAUUACAAAGCGCCGAAAAAAAACCGCCUGGAUACGCAAAACAAAAGCCAUGUUUCAUAUAUAUAAUGCAUAUAAUCCCGCAUCCACGAACAAGGAGAACAGGUCCUGCCACACCGGCGUAUAUAAUGGCGUGCUUUCUAAACAAAGGGGCCGAGAAAGUUAGAUAAGAGUAAUCCGAGACACUUGUCGGCACAGGGAAGUUUCUCAGGGAAUUUUUCCAAGCCGAGGGCGACGGUGGCUCUCUGAGAUCAGUGCGAGAGCAGAUCGUUUAGAGGCUGGUGUUCGGAAACAGUGCUGAAGCAGGAGAGGAGCAGGUGUAAGGAGACGACAGAGAGAGAGCGAGAGAAGCAGGAGGUCGGAGUCAGACAGACGACACAUCCGCUUCAGACUUCCCAUUGGAGCCAGCUAAUCAUAUAACCAAUGGCAACAGUCCAGGCCCUGCCUUUGACCCAAGAUCCCAGCAAGAGCAUCAGCGCCAUUUAUCCAGCAUCCUCUCUGGCAUCUGCUGACUGCGUUAUGGGUAGUGUGGGCAGUCUGAUCGAGAAGCACGACGUGUCGCCCACCAAAGUCAACAAAGCCGUUCCUCAGGUCCCACAGCGGCAGAGCAAGAAGGGCUUCAGCCAGAGAGAGCUGCUGAACUACCUGAACAUCACGAAGAAGGAGCCGAAAGCAGGCAAGCACAUCGUCUUCGGCAGCUCAUCCAUCAAGAGGGAGCAUUCCAGAGAGGAGGAGAACCUCUACACCAAGGUUUAUCAUAAAGACGGCAAAGAGGUGGACUUGGGCAAGAACUCUCUCCCAAUAGGCGGCAAGUUUGACAAGCCUCGUUCGAGGUCGUCUGCCUUUAAGCCGGUGACGCCGAAGAGCUUUAGCUCCAUGCAGAACCUUUACCCAUCCAAAUCCGAGGAAUUGAUGAAUGGCAAGCACUCGCUCUACUCCAAGAUGACAUCCAAAUCUCUAUCCACGUCUUCCUCGUCCUCGUCUCCUUCACGAGUGGGUACCAGCGCCAACAAGGGUGUCCUGGCGGUACCCCAUGAAGAGGAGACGGCCUCAGACUCCGGCCACAACUCUAUGAGCAGCCUGCCACCGUACCGCCCUCCGUUCCGCCCCCAGCUCGGGCAGAUCAGUGCCUCGAUGGGUCAUAUCGAGCACAUCGGCUCCCUCGAGCGGACCUCGGCAGGCACGGUAGGCAUCGGUGCUCUUAGUAUGGCCCCCGAGUCCUAUGAGCUCUCACAAUCUUUGGAGGACGUGGUGAAGGACCUGGAGGAGCGACUACAGGAGAAAGAGCAUGAACUGUGGCAGAUGAGGAGGAACCUGGAUGAAAGCGAGGAUGCCAUUGCACAGGUGUUCGAAGGGAAGCAGCGGCUUUGGGAGAAGGAGGUGUCCGAGCUGAAGCAGCUCUACACCACUAAGCUGCGCCAGGUAUCCCAGCAUUCUCAGCGCUCCCAGCGUGCCCUGCAGCUGCAGCUCUACAAGGCUCAGCACGAGCGCAGCCGAGUACAAGACGAACUGAACACGUUGCGUCGCAAAUACCAGAGCCUGCAGAAACAGGGUGGAGCUGGGCGGAGCCACGAGCUCCAACCACAGCUUGAGGAGUCCCAAUGGGAGGUCUGUCAGAAGGCAGGUGAGAUCUCCCUGCUGAAGCAGCAGCUCAAAGACUCCCAGGCCGAAGUGACUCAGAAGCUCAGCGAGAUCUUCCUGCUGAAGACGCAGCUGCGCGAGACGCGCCAGGAGCUGUGCACCAAAGAUGGUCAGCUGGACAUGCUGCAACUGGCACUGCAGGCCGCACGCCGCAAGUGUGCCUUGGGGAAGUCGGCGCAGAACCUGUCCUCCCACCAGGCGACUCCGGGCGAGGACGGCGGGACGAACGGCUCCACAGAGGAGCGUCUCCGUGCCGAGCUGCUGCUGGAGCGACGUCAGAGCGAAGCUCAAGCCUCGGCCUUCGACACCGAACGCAGCACGUGGCAGCUGGAGAAGGAGAAGGUCCUUCGCUAUCAGAGAGAGCUGCAGGCCAGCUACCUGGAGAUGUUUCACAAAAACGAGAGCCUGGAGAGAGAACUGCAGAAGCUCAGAGGAGGCAGAGCUGGAGCUGUGGUGGGCGGGGCUCCAGCAGAGCCCUCAGGUCUUCCCUGGAUCGAAAGGAUCGAGUCUUCUGAAAUCUGAAUGUGUAUACAUGCAGUAUGUGUGUCUAUAUUAUAUGUGUAUAUGUGAAUAUCAGAAUAAAUGUACAAAACCAAAAGACACUAAAUGAGUGAAACGAUAAAGCAAUGCUUUUCUUGAUUUUUCUUAAAAUGUCAUAUGUACGAACGUAAAUGAAUUCAUUUUAGGAUUUGUGAAACAAAAUACGAAGGAUGUUUCCACAAUGUCGCGUGUUCCAGAUCUUUUCGGGAUUUUGUUUUAAUGUCCUCACAUAAGACUUGAAGCUUGUAUUUCCGUUUUAUCAGAUACGUCUUUUUUGACUAUAAAGAACUACGCGAGCGGGGUUCGUUUUUGCCAGAGGAGGUUUGAUGAUGUACAUGUUGUGAUUUGAAUGUGAUUCGACUUGACAGAUCAGCUGGAAUAAAAUAAGUGUAGUGUAAUUUCCCCCAAAUUAUCACCGAUAUCCCGGAUUAACACGUCAUGUGCCAGAUAUACGUCAGCCGAAACACCAUAAAAACACCAUCAUGACUAAGCAUCACUCUCUCGAUUACCAUCUUUAGCCAUUCGCUCAUUCACUCUCCUAAAGAUUUCAGAACCUUCCACAAAGAUCCAACAACCUUCUUCCAAACAUUCUGGAACCUUCCACAAAGAUUCAACAACCUUCUUCCAAACAUUCUGGAACCUUCCACAAAGAUCCAACAACCUUCUUCCAAACAUUCUGGAACCUUCCAUAAAGAUCCAACAACCUUCUUCCAAACAUUCUGGAACCUUCCACAAAGAUCCAACAACCUUCUUCCAAACAUUCUGGAACCUUCCACAAAGAUCCAAACAUUCUGGAACCUUCCAUAAAGAUCCAACAACCUUCUUCCAAACAUUCUGGAACCUUCCACAAAGAUCCAACAACCUUCUUCCAAACAUUCUGGAACCUUCCACAAAGAUCCAAACAUUCUGGAACCUUCUUCAAAACAUUCUGGAACCUUCCACAAAGAUCCAACAACCUUCUUCCAAACUUUCUGGAACCUUCUUCAAAACAUUCUGGAACCUUCCACAAAGAUCCAACAACCUUCUUCCAAACAUUCUGGAACCUUCCACAAAGAUCCAAACAUUCUGGAACCUUCCACAAAGAUCCAACAACCUUCUUCCAAACAUUCUGGAACCUUCUUCCAAACAUUCUGGAACCUUCCACAAAGAUCCAACAACCUUCUUCCAAACAUUCUGGAACCUUCUUCCAAACAUUCUGGAACCUUCCACAAAGAUCCAACAACCUUCUUCCAAACUUUCUGGAACCUUCUUCAAAACAUUCUGGAACCUUCCACAAAGAUCCAACAACCUUCUUCCAAACAUUCUGGAACCUUCCACAAAGAUCCAAACAUUCUGGAACCUUCCACAAAGAUCCAACAACCUUCUUCCAAACAUUCUGGAACCCUCUACAAAGAUUGAGCAACUCUCUUCAAAAGAUUUCAGAACCUUCCACAAACAUUCAACAACCUUCCAAAAGUUCUGGAAUCUUCUUUAAAGAUACAGAAACCUUCCUCAAUCAUUCCAGAACAUUUAUCAGAAGAACGCCUGGUACAUUCCUACAGCGCAGAACUCGGUGAGAUGAAGAUCGAUCCCGCUAAGCGGACAGCAUUUAGGAGGUUGCGUCUGCGCACAGCAGAGUGACUUAUAGUCUGGAAAAUACGCCACAUGACGUCCGUUUCUAUUAAAGGGCGAGUCAUCGUUCAGGAAGAGGGGGGAAAAUAAAUAAAAUCCUUCUAAACAGGAACUUAGUGUCCAUACCAUGUCCCUGCAUUCAGGCUUCUUCUCUUCAUCCCUCGUGCUAUUAUAAAGGACUGUUGCCGAAAGCUCUAAAGAAGAAGGAAAAAAAAAAACCCUGCCUCGAUAUUGAUUUUCAUUCAUUGUUUUGCGAAGUGCAGCGUAGGGAACUGCUGCGUCACGGUUGGAAUGUCACAUGGCUGGAAAUCCGAACUUUUACACCAGAACAGACAGCAAUACGGAUGCAGGUCUGGGUUUCAGAACUUUGAGGCCGUGUAUAGACGCGGUUUAUUUUUAGCCGCGGGGUAAAAAGGACCCGAAACCUCCAUGAAUGAAAGUUAAUAGGAGUUACAUAAGAGCAUAAUGCAUUAGGAAUCGUUCAGACCGUCCCAGACUCGCCGUGUUAGCAUUUUUGCCUGAAGAACUCCUUUAAUGCAGGGCUCUUUCUUACGAUCCUGCAGAGACGCGAGUGUGUCGGGGCGAAGCAAGUGCAAAUGAGCCGCUUCGACUGGCGACAUAAACGUGAAAAUCAAUACGAUUAUGGUAUUCCUGUAUCAGUAUUUCAUAAAUGGGUAGAAAAUGUAUUUACGUGACAUCAUAAAUUCUUCAAUGGAAGCUACAGGUAGUGACACAUCAGCUAGCUAGCUAAGAGGUAGGUGUAGCUAAUAGCUAGGUAGGAUAAUGGCUUUUGGUGAGGGAACACAAGAGUAUUGUUUGUCAGAGACAAAAAGUAUAAAAACAACAACUUCAGAUUCAGUACUUUUCCAUCAUCCAUAACGUCUUUAUCUUUUCAUCUUCUAACUUUUGAAAAGCACCGUGUCUUUUAUCGUCCGUUAAAAGCCUGAAUGUUCUGACCCAAAUCUAGACCUAUACUGCACUUACUUCAGUUCUUUGAGGCAGGAACUGCAGGCAGCUUAAGACACACACACACACACCUGCACGUUAGCUUAAACCUCUCAGGAGGAUCUUUGUGCUGGAUAGAUCCGGACGAGACGCUCUCAGAGGGACAAUGAAGCCUCUCAUCGGGUCUCCGAGGGAGGCGUCUCAGUUUCUUUACAAUACUGAAUGAAGAAAAGCUGCACCUCUACUGACUCUCCUUCUCUAUUCAGGACUUCGGUGCACUUCAUUGCUUACUUUUAUACCUAAACAGAACGGAGUCUAGAAAUGGGUCUACUUUAUAUUCAGAGUAGAUAUAGGACCCGAAGUGGACCCUAAUUUCCUCCCUAGAGCAAACGAGAAGGUACAUGAGCAUGAACUAGAUCUAGGAGGGGGGAAAAGAAAAGAAGAAGAAGAAAAAAAAAAAACACAGGAUCCAGAGCUCCUGCAACAGAAAGGUUCGCCCUAUUGUCCAUGGAUGAUGGAUUUGAAUCUUGGCGAUACCACAGCCAUCAGUGGACGUGCUCUAUUGGUGGGAAGGAUGUACAGACUUUAACACUAGCCAAUCAGGGAUGUGUGUGAGCUCAUGUAUGCAGAAGGGGGUAGAUGGCUCUUUCCUCAGAGUGCGUUACGCCACCCUGGGAUACAGCGUGAACAGCAAUUCGGAGGGGGGG